CAAAGCGGUAUAUUUCCGCUUCCGUCAGGGACCGGAAGUUAGCGUCUCCCGGGUGAAACAGCUUUGACUGCGAGGCCGGCUUGGUACAGGUAGGUGCAGGGUCUCGUGCGCAGCGGUUGGGCCCGGCGGGACCGGGCGCUCUAGUCUGGAUCACCCGCAGGGCGUGGAGCCGAGACCGGGGCAUGGCUCUGAGGACGACCGUGAGGGGAGCCUGACCACCGGACCCCCGCAGCUGGACGAGCGGGCAGCUCCACCAAAGCCUGGGUUUCACCCCCCGGCAGCCAUGGGACGAAGGAAGUCUAAAAGGAAGCCACCCCCCAAGAAGAAGAUGACAGGCACCCUGGAGACCCAGUUCACUUGCCCUUUCUGCAACCAUGAGAAGUCUUGUGAUGUGAAAAUGGACCGUGCCCGCAACACUGGAGUCAUCUCCUGCACCGUGUGCCUAGAGGAGUUCCAGACACCCAUUACGUAUCUGUCAGAACCAGUGGAUGUGUACAGCGAUUGGAUAGACGCCUGCGAGGCAGCCAAUCAGUAGCAAUACCAAGGACCUGCCCCCUCAACAGUCCCCAACUUGGGUACCAAUCCAGAGACAUUCCAGGGUGUAGGUCCAGAGCUGUGGCAGCCCUCCCUCUGUGUAUGGAGUAGAUGUGUGUGUGGCUGCAGGUGUGGCUAUAACAGUGGCCCUGGCUGCUUGUAGCUGGCGUGGAGGUGAGGGGUUGCUGGGUCUCACCAUGCUGCCCAGGGUGGCCUCAAACUUCAGAACCUAUGUCUCAAAUGACUCUGAAAGCCUUUGAGUUGCACCCUUCUUCAGCUCCCAGCCCUGCCCCCAAACUUUAGGUUCCUGGCUCCUCUGGUGACAGUUUCUCGACAUCCCAGGCAAGAAAUAGCUGUGGGACCUCCAGUCUCCUAAGCCACCUCACCAGCACCUUGCCCUCAGGGAACUAACUGGACUUCCCGUUCUUCCCACCUCCUUGUGCUUGUGGCCUGGGAGUCAAGGCUGCUGACCAACCAGAUCCCUUGGCUGGGCUUUGCCGGGUGCCCGUUUUCCUCUUCGAUUGCUUUUGUAGAAAAGGUAGGGGCUGGUUCAGUGACAGCUGUCAUUCACAAACCUGUCAAUAAAGCAGCCAGUACAGAUCCCCUA